UUGUGCAUCAUAAACCACAAAGCUACAGAGACACAAAUAAUGGAGAAGGAAUACGAGACAAAGAGAAAGAGAGUGCACUGUUUGGUUUUGGCAUAUCCACACCAAGGACACAUAAACCCUAUGCUUCAAUUCUCGAAGCGUUUGCAGCAUGAUGGGGUGAGAGUAACACUAGUCACAAGCCAUUUCUACUGCAAGACCAUUCCCAAGUUACCUGCUUCCAUCACUCUUGAGGGCAUUUCUGAUGGUUUUGAUGAUGGUGGAAUUGCAGAAGCAGAGAGCAUUAAAGCCUACUUAGACAGGUUUUGGAAAUCUGGGCCACAGACAUUAUCAGAACUUCUUGAAAGACUCAUCAGUUGUGGCAACCUAAUUGACUGUCUUGUGUAUGAUUCCUUCCUACCUUGGACUCUUGAUAUUGCCAAGAAACAUGACCUAACUUGUGCUGUUUUUCUCACACAACCUCUCUUUGUCAACUGUGUCUAUCAUCAUGUUCAAAAGGGGAAUUUGAAAGUUCCCUUGGCAAACAACAAUUCUAUUUCCUUGCCAGGGUUGCCACUUCUUCAACCUUUUGAUUUGCCAUCUUUUAUAUAUAGUUAUGGUACAUAUUCUGCAUCUUUUGAGCUUGUUGUGAACCAGUUCUCCAACAUUGAAAAGGCUGAUUGGGUCCUCUGCAACACUUUCUAUGAGUUGGAGAAAGAGGUAACAGAAUGGUUGAUGAAGAUCUGGCCAAAGUUGAAGACAAUUGGGCCAACUAUUCCAUCCAUGUUUCUGGACAAGCGAGUUAAAGAUGAUGAUGAGUAUGGCUUCAGUCUCUUCAAGAGUGAAGAAUGUGUGAAAUGGAUGGAUGAGAAGCCAAAGGGGUCCAUUGUUUAUGUUUCAUUUGGAAGUUUUUCAACCCUCAGUGAGGUGCAAAUGGAGGAAGUAGCUUUUGGAUUGCAAGAGAGUGGUUGUAACUUCUUGUGGGUGGUUAGGGCUACUGAAAUGGGAAAGAUUCCAAAAGACUUUGAGAGAGUCAAUUCAGAGAAAGGUUUAGUUGUAACAUGGUGCUCUCAGUUGAAAGUAUUAGAACAUAAAGCCGUAGGAUGUUUUGUGACACACUGUGGUUGGAACUCAACACUGGAAGCUUUGAGCUUAGGAGUUCCAAUGAUUGCCAUGCCACAAUGGACAGACCAAACCACAAAUGCAAAGCUUAUUGAAGAUGUUUGGAAAAUAGGUUUAAGAGUUUCACUUGAUGACAAAGGGAUUUUCAGAAGGGAAGGUUUGAAGCAUGCUUUAAAGAAAAUUAUGGAGACUGAGAUAGGAAUAGAGAUAAAGAGAAAAGUCAUUCAAUGGAAGAAUUUGGCAGCAAAGUCAAUUGAUGAGGGUGGAAGUUCUGAUAUGAAUAUUAGAGACUUUAUGCAAAGUUUGGUUCAUUCAUAAUGGAUCAAGUUAGAAUGUGAUGAAACUACUCUUUCAAUAAUGGUGGGUGUGUAUCAUUUGUUGACCCAAUAAAUUAGUAAUCCUCAAAUA